AUGAAAAAAUGGACAGAAUUUGUAAAUAAAUUUAGUGAAGAUUGUAAAGUUAUAGAAGAAAAUAAAGAAUUACAAAUGCUUCUUUUGUGUGAUUCAAUGAGGAUUGGGUUAACAAAUUGGAAUACAGAUUUUUGUCGUCCAAGUUUUCCCCAUGAAUUUGUUAAAAAUGCAGCAGAAUUGAAACAACAACUAAAUGGUGUUUUGACUAGAGCAAUACAAGACAACAAGAGUACUUUUCAGAUUUUUAGUAAAGAGGUUAUUUUUUAA